UUAUCUGUGAUAAUCCUUCGUGUGGGUUGAUUUCAUCAGAGUUUUACAUGAUUUGCACACUGAAGAGUCUUACCUUCUUUUGAUUAUAACAUUGGUUGAAACUUUAAUUGUGUAAAAGGGGAAGUAUUUUGUAGAUCUAAGUAGAAAAAUGUUCCGUUGAUUUCUAAAUCUUCCUCUCUUUUUUUUUUCCGUUGAUCUUGUAAAGAGAAUAUUUUUCCUUUUAUGUUCCACCCAGUUCGUGAUUGGAUUUUUCUUCAUCGAUUUGGGGGAAAAUUUAGGAUUCAUACUUACAAUUCUAAGUACUUACUCUUCGUUUUGUGCACAUUUUACAGGAUUGUCACUCUUGAUAUUGGGAGUUGCAGCUUCUGAUUGUUCAAAUUACGGAGAUGUUAAUAAGGGGAGGAGAGUCUGGUAAGGCCUUUACAGAUAAAUGCUCUAGGCAAAAUCCGAUUAUUGCUGCCAGUAUUUCUGGUACUCCAAGCAAAUUCAACCUCCACUUUGAAGAUGAUGCCUCGCCAGUGGACCCACUCAGCGAUUAUCAUACAGAUGAAUUUGAAUCUGAUGAAUAUGGUGGUGAUGAUGAUGAUGGCGAUGACGACGACGACGAUGAUGAUUGGGAAAAUCAGAAUGUUAAGAAAGAGAUAACUGAUUACGAGUGGGAUGUUUGCGACCUGUCAAAGGUUGAUAAAGUAUCUGGUAUCAAAAGAAAAUAUGAUGAUGAAGAAGAAGAGUUUCAUGAAACAAGAGAUAAGCAGGCUUCUAGGUCUGGAAAUGGAAAAGGCAUUGAUGAUAUUCCACUAACUGGAAGUAAUGUGAGUAAUCCAUGUGUUGUUGAUGAUGAACAAAGUAAGUUAUUUGACGGCAACAGAGAAACAAUAUCUAGUAUCAAAUGUAAUGCAAGUAAUUAUGAAGAAGAGUCCCGUGAGACAAGGGAUAAGCAGCAGCAGUUGGUGGUUAAUGAGUCUGGAAAAGGAAAAGAGGAUGUUGAUGAGAGGUAUAACGUUCACAUUUACGGUUAUUAUCGUAAGAGUAGACCAGAUGGUGGAUAUGGAAUUAUUUUACAGGACAAGCCCAGAAAACCAGUAGUUGCUUACUAUGGGUUUUCUAAAGGAGGAUCAUAUCUUUAUUACCUUCUGAUGGGAAUGAAGAGAAGCUUAGAGAUUGCAAAUGAAUGGGGACUUGCGGAAGUUAAGUGGUCAAUCAAUUCACAAAGAGUUAAUCACCACCUUAGCUUCCUUUUCAAUGAUCCCGACAUGCUAAAUAGCUUAUUUCAUUCCCAACAUGAUGUUUGCAAGAGGUGUUUGAGAAAUCAAAUGGGUUUGACUAUUGCAAGUUUCAAGCAAGUGUUUCCAGUUAUUGAAGAUAUUAUAAAGCUGCAGUAUAAAAUCAAGUUCAAAUAUACAUAUGACUGUUCUAAAGUACGCAAUGAAGCUGCGUAUUAUUUGGCAGAAUGUGGAGCAAAAAAACUUGAGAAGAUGAAACCGGGUGGAAGUUUGCAUAAGGUGCAAGAAGUUAAGAUGAUGGACAACGAAUUUCCCGAGCGGCUGAAAUCUAUUGUACUGGGAGAUGAGAAAUUGUUUGCAUACGUGUAACUGUGGAAGUGCUUGCGUUCAAAAUAGCGGUCAGAAUUUGGGAUCCCAUUGGGCCAUACCGGAUACGGUGGAAAAUCCCUUUCGGCAGGAAAAUAUACAAGAUAUUUUUUAUUUAGGUGACUAUCCCAUAAAAUUCCCUAUAUACUGUAAACUGAAAGACAUCUCGAUUCAUCUCAAAACCCUCAUCAACCUAUCCUCGGUUUCGAA